GUGAGUGAGCACUUCCGGCGGCCUCCUCCGCGCCCUGGCAUCGCCGCGAUACUGCUUUCCCCGCUUGUUCCUGCAGUCAUGAAGGACGUAUCCGGCUUCUUACAACAGAGUCAGAGCUCCGGGCCCGGCCAGGCCGCCGUGUGGCACCGUUUGGAGGAGCUCUACACCAAGAAGCUGUGGCAUCAGCUGACACUUCAGGUGCUUGAUUUUGUGCAAGACCCCUGCUUUGCCCAAGGAGAUGGUCUCAUUAAGCUUUAUGAAAACUUCAUCAGUGAAUUUGAACACAGGGUGAAUCCUUUGUCCCUGGUAGAAAUCAUUCUACAUGUAGUUAGACAGAUGACUGAUCCUAAUGUGGCUCUUAGUUUUCUGGAAAAGACUCGUGAGAAGGUAAAGAGUAGUGAUGAGGCGGUGAUCCUGUGCAAAACCGCGAUUGGAGCUCUGAAGCUAAAUAUCGGUGACCUGCAAGUUACAAAGGAGACUAUCGAAGAUGUUGAGGAGAUGCUCAGCAGCCUCCCUGGGGUGACGUCCGUUCACAGUCGUUUCUACGACCUCUCCAGCAAGUACUAUCAGACAACUGGGAGCCACGCGGCCUACUACAAAGACGCGCUGCGGUUUCUGGGCUGCGUUGACAUCAAGGACCUGCCAGUGUCUGAGCAGCAGGAGAGAGCUUUCACGCUGGGACUGGCAGGACUUCUUGGCGAGGGAGUUUUCAACUUUGGCGAGCUGCUCAUGCACCCUGUGCUGGAGUCGCUGAGGGGCACGGACCGGCAGUGGCUGAUCGACACCCUCUGUGCGUUUAACAGUGGCAACGUAGAGCGGUUCCAGACUCUGAAGACCGCCUGGGGCCAGCAGCCUGAUUUAGCAGCCAAUGAAGCCCAGCUUCUCAGGAAAAUUCAGCUAUUGUGCCUCAUGGAGAUGACUUUUACACGACCUGCCAAUCAUAGGCAGCUCACUUUUGAAGAAAUUGCCAAAAGUGCUAAAAUCACCGUGGACGAGGUGGAGUUGCUGGUGAUGAAGGCCCUCUCAGUGGGGCUGGUGAAAGGCAGUAUUGAUGAGGUGGAUAAGCGGGUUCACAUGACCUGGGUGCAGCCCCGCGUGUUGGAUUUGCAACAGAUCAAGGGGAUGAAGGACCGCCUGGAGUUCUGGUGCACCGACGUGAAGAGCAUGGAGAUGCUGGUGGAGCACCAGGCCCAUGACAUCCUCACCUAGGCUCCCUGGCCUCAGCCUGUCUGUGGAGAGGUGUUUCGUGGCUGAUGAUCCAGGCAGCUAAGAAGACCUGCGUUUAAUCGGGGGUGGGAGUGGGAUUCAGUUUUGAGUAUGGACUGUUCUUACUGUGCAGAUUGUCACAGAGGACUGUCAUUGAUGAGGGAGCCAGCCAUAGGCAAAAGCCUCCUUUCUGGAUGCCGCUGUAGCCUGCAGUGGAGAAGGGUCACUGGGCCUCAGGUGAGGCAGCAGGAAUGUAUGGGUACCUCCAGGAAUGGGGAAGAAAACCCCUCGUAGGUGGAGGGCCCCCAUUCCAGCAUUGGCCCCCACUGCACCCACACGUGUGAAUGGCUUCUCCAGUUCAGCUUGAGGGUGUUUCUGUAAUAAAUGCCUUGCUCUGUC